ACUCUUUAUCUGUACACGACACUGAAAUUCUUAACUUCUCCGAAGGGAAAAGAACAUGAAAAAGAUACCCAUAUAUGAAAGGGUUUUCCCUUUGCGAAUCUGUAAAAAGAAAAGAGAGACUUGAACAAUGGAGAGUAGUGAGAAUAAAACGGUGGCAGUACUCAAUCAAACAAAAGGAUUUCAAGGAAUCAGAUUACAGAAUCCAUUUGCUUUGAAAGUGGGUCAAGUAUUCACUGGCUUUGGCAUUGGCUGUGGUAUUGGUAUUGGCGUGGGUCGCCCUUUAAAUCUAGGUGCGAUACCGAUGGUGGGCCAAGUUAUGACUGCAACUAGAGGAGCAACCGAUGCGUUUUCGGGUGUUAGCAGACAUGUAAACAGUGCUUUAUGGAAAUUGGGAGCUAAGAGCAUUCAAGCUGGGGUUGGAUGUGGAGUUGGUCUUGGCCAUGGUUUUGGUGUUGGACUUGCUGUGAAGCCUGGGGUGAUGCAUCAAAUUCAAUGUAGUAUUACGGAAACAAUGGCGAAUUUGAUGAUGAAGUUCGGAAUGGCUUCCAAUUCACCCUUCAGUGAAGGUGCUUUUCCGGCAUCCUUUCAAAGGGCUUUGACCACAACAAAUGAACCCUCCCAAAAUCCAUUCGGAAACAUGAAGCACAUAGUAUCAAAGCUAGCAGAUCCAACAUCUCAAGGCUUGCACGGACAUGGAAUUAUGAGCAGAGGUUCAGCUUAUGAAAAUGAAUCACCAAAAUCUCCUGCUGAGACAUCUUUUGGAACUCGAACAGAAAAGGUUCUUAAUAGUUUUUUGCAAAAUCCGGUUUUGAAGGAAGAUGGAACCGGGCUAAAUGAACUGGCCUGGAGGUUGCAAAAUGAAAACAACAUGCUUCAACUGGUAUUGAAGCAUCAACAAAUCAUUGAAGAACUUAUGCAGGAGAAUGAGAAACUUCAUCAGAUACUCGUGGAAGACCUGAAAAUAUCACCCAGCAAGUUCCAAACCAGUUACUCCUCGAGUAAAAUGAAACCCCCAUGUUCAGAAUGCUUCCAUUGCCGAAGGAAACGAAGGAAAAAUAGACGAUGAUUAUCGGCCUUGUGUUUCAUUCGGAUAUGUCCACCUAUGACUAAUCUCAAUUCGAUUUUCUAUGUACUAUUCGAUUGUAGGCCAGCAAACUAAUUCAUUUCUAUCUAGAAAUCACGACAGACAAUACAGAAAUGGUUGUAAAAGGUUGUUGUUUUUACUCCAACAGGACUUCCUGAAGAAAUAAAGAAGAUACAGACAAGAGAA